AUGCCAAGCAGCGAAGACGCCGGCGGGCCACGCGGUAACGUGUGGACGCUCGAGGAGUUCAGGGACCUCGUCAAGGCGUGGGAGCUCGCGCUCUUCCAUCCACGAGGCGACGUCGACCGCCCCCUGUCGCUCCACGACGUCGUGCACGACCACUUUGUCGCUCUCUGCGGCGGCCACUCGCGUCGGAACAAAGCCGCGCUCACGAGCAAACGAAGCGCGCUUAAAUUCUCGUACCUCCACGUACGGGAUUUCAAUCGACUCCAAAAACGCCAAAAAGCAAAAGUGUUUUUCGAUUUUUCGGAAAAAGACCGCCGCAAUAUUUUAAACCAAUUUCGAAAAACGAAUUCCAGUGUCGUGGAUAUCUCACGUGAGAUGUUUCAGGCGCUCGAGCGCAUUUUUAAAAAAGGAGGAGGCGACGACUACGACGCGCUCAUGCAGCUUCCACCACGACAAAAGGACAAGCGGGACGGUAGUGCACGGACUACUUUGUCGAAGGCCAAGCAGACGGCUCCAAGCCACAAUUGGACGUUAUCACAAGCUGCACCUAGUGACAAGACAACGGAUGAGUCGGUAGCUGUACCACUCUCUAAUACUGAUAUUAGUGGUGCUACUACAAUCAGUACUACUGCUGAUACGGGUACCAGUACGUGGUCAAUGGAUGAGAUGCAGCAGCUUGUAAAGGCUUGGGGCAUUGCUGCUCAAUUGGUUUGUGAGAACUCGACGGUGAACACCAUGUCGGUUAUUCAUGAAAUGUACAGACAAUUUGAAGUGCUACAAGAGGGAAAAAGUGUCCGCAAUUUGCAGGCGCUCGCCAAGCGUCGGCGAGCACUGAAGCUGUCGUACACGAGAAUCUCAGCCUUUAACAAGAUCCAGGAGAUGAACGGAGAUGUUGCUUUUGCCAAGCUACCGUUCCCCACGAGACAGACUUUGAUUAAGUCGUGGAAGAAUGCAAAUUUGUUGGACUUACCAGCAGACAUUUACUCAGGCCUGGCGAAAGUAAUCCCGUUGGAUACUCGAGCGGUUGCUCUCGAAAACAUGCGUCGCGCUAGAGCAGGGGAGACGGUAAACUCAGGAGGUGGGCGCGCAGGACGGAGACAAGGAAGAUCACCAAAACAGCAAAAGAUUGCGAGAGUAGCCCAAGACAGCAACGGUGAAGAAACUGGCCAGAUUACCUCAUCUCAAACUUCACUUGUUGAUGUCGACACUAAAAAAGAAAAAGAUGGUGUGUUGGCGAUACUAGCGCACAGUCGCUCACGACUUAGCGGUGAGGAGAAGAAUAAUGACCCUGGUGACGGAAGCGUGCGCCUGACGGAAGAGAGUUGUUUACUUGUUCGUACGGAAGACGUCGCCAGACAGAGCGUGAAACCCUCAGCAGGCGGAGAUCGUAACGUCACGUCGAAAAAUUGUAACGUCACGUCUCCUACAACACCAGGCACCGCUAAAUCCGUCCGCACUAAUGAGGUCAUUGGUGAUUCCAUUCAGCGCGUGAAUUCAACACCACUGUCGUCUUCACCACGAACACCGAGCAGGGUCUCCAUUCCCUUAUUCGAACGAAAUUGUGUGAGUGCUGACAAGGUAUCUCGACCCGAUGGUAAAGGUGGUGGUGUCGCUGUGGCUGGACAUGCUAUGCUCUCUCACAAUCAAUCAAUGAUGGAUGGAGUUGCUUCUGCUGGUCACACUCGUGACAUCGAGAAGACAGGACCUUCAGCGGUAAACCACAACCACUGGGCUAUGGUUUCGAAGCCAUUGAUUACUAAAUUUGACCAAUUUGCCACUGCGGGUGAUGAUCUUGUGCUAGAUGGCUGCCAGGCCGUACUCCGAAAAGAGGAAUCAAGUGUUGCCAGGACUCCGGACGGUAGUGAAACAGAUGUUCGAAAAUUGGUGAAGAGAAAGCGCAAGCUUCGGGCUGAUGGACCAAAGGGACAAUUGUGGGAAAAUAGCGAGCUCCAAAUACUUAUUCACGCAUGGGAGAGAGCGUCGAUCCUCUUGUGUAACAGCGAUCCAGCCCAGCGUUUGUCUCUCAACAAAGAGAUGUACCGCGAAUUUGUGCAGAUGCAAGGCGGAUCGUCAGUACGAAAUAGCACGGCCCUUGCAGCGCGUCGUAGCAUACUGAAGUUAUCGUAUGCCCACAUUGAGUCCUUCAAUAAGGCGCAGGAGGCCAAAGGAGAGCCUUCUUACCACGAUAUUCCUGAAGACAAGAGGACGGUCCUGUUGCGAUCUUGGAAGAACCGCAACUCUGUUGAUCUUACGAAGGAAAUGUAUGAUGGUUUGGGUCGUAUUGUAGCCAUGGAUGAACAGCUUGCUAAAGUCCGGAGCCUCCGCCCGCCUCCGGUGGUCAAACCUAAGCGGAAAGCCGACAGCAGCCCAGAGGAUAUAAAAGACCCUGCGCUGGGAUCUGAUGCGAGCCACUUUUCUAAAGCUUCGAAAUGGACUACCGAGGAGUCAUCAGACUUGAUUAAGGCGUGUGCGGAUGUGAUGAACGUUCAUAGCGACAGGGAACAGUGUGCGACAGAACGCGAGGGGCUGAUUUAUGACGCGUUUGUGACUCGUCGAGAAAACGCGGGGGAUACUGAAACACCUUCCCGUCGGGAUCUGAGAUCGAUGGCGCAACAGUGGCGAUACAUCCUUGCGUCGUACUCGUACAUUAAGGCAUGCAACGACAAUUGUUCAGAGGGAGAAGGCUUGUCGUGGUUUGAUAUGUCCCCUGUCCAGAAACGUGCGUACCACCAAUGUACGAACGUUCCCGUGAAAUUCGUCGAUCUGGAUGCCGAGAUGUUUGCGUUAGUAACUGAAACCUCAUUUAUGGGGGAAGCGGCUCUAACUCCGCCAUUACCAGUCGUGAAAGGUGCCACUGAAGGUAUCUCACUGCGCCCCCGGUCGAUGCGAACGCGAACGGAGGCGUUCUGGUCAUCGGAUUCCGAUUCUUCGAUGAACUCGUUACCUCGUGCAAAACGAACAAGCAAAAAAGCUUCUCUUAUGGCGGCAAGGAAGGCGAACAAUUGGCCUGCUGAGGAGAUAUGGAAUUUGAUUAAUGCGUGGGAAGAAACAUCAGGUGUGAUGGGCGACUGUAGACUGUCGCUUACGCUGGAGGAUACGUUUUCCCUUUUUACAAGGUUACAAGAGGGACCUAGAAGCCGUGAACGCACCCAGAGUAGCGUGCGAAACAAAUUGAUUGCGCUGAAGGCUUCCUUCACGAAGAUCUCAGCUUUUAUCUCAGAGCGAGGCGACAGCUCAGCUUGGUUUGACAUGCCACGGGCAGAGAGGGCGGUUGAAAUCCGUAAUUGGAAACAAAAAACGACCAUGGAUCUGAAUCGAGAAAUGUAUGAUGCAUUGGACCGGAUUGUGCAGAGAAAUGCGAAGGGAGUGCUUAGCAAACGGGGACCGCGCAAACUAGAUCGACCAUCAACAAGCCCGUUACCGUUGUUUGGCGCGAAGGACUCGACCGAACAAGACAGUAAGGAUCACUCUGGGCAGAAGCCCGAGAAGUAUGUGGCUGCUAAUUGGAGCAAAGAAGAACUGCUUAUGCUUGGCAAAGCUUGUGGCGAGCUGCUGGAGGGACGCCGAAGUCGACGGUAUGUAUUCGAGGAGGAAAAGGAUCGCUUUUUCCGUCGAUAUGAAGAAUUGGGUGGAAAUAAUUCGCCGGCUGCGGCAGUGGGACUUGCACGGUUCGUGUUGGACUCGUACGAGUUCAUUUACUUCUACAACCAGAAGGCCGCUGAAAGUAACUCGCUAUUCUGGUUCGAGCUGGACGUUGCCGACCGAGAACGUGUUGUAGCAAGAAUGGGCAAGACUUACCGCAGCUUCAACGGCUUGAGCACCGUAGACAAAGAUAUUUUUGACGUAAUUGAUGGAAUCGAUGCGGAGCUGCGUGUGAAGCUGGGCGAGACAAAGAAAAAGACAUACAAGCCCCCGAGCGACGCUGCUUCUCGCUACGUCGAUAUUGAAGCUGUCGUUGACCAAUGCACAUUCAGGUCGAGAAAGCAGUCAGCUCCGAAGUCGUCUACUGUCCGCAAAGUAUCAGUCCAGCCGGAGGAGUCGUCAUCAGAUGAAAACGCAGAUAUGUUGUCAUCGAAGUCCACGUCGACGGACGAGUCGGCCGGCAGCGAUUCGAGCGCCUCAGUUGACGCGAGAUCGCGCCAAGUGGUGCACUCUGACGAAGAGGAAGUCAUUCAUUUGCCAAAACGCCGUAUCUCUCGCCGUGGAUCGGAUGCGCCACCCAUUCGAGCUGCUCCGCCCAGUAAGCGCAAACGAGAAGCUGUAGUUGGCGCUUCUUCGACGCUGUACAUCACGGAGAUUAUUCAGAAGCAAAACAGAAAACUGGAAAAGGCGGUGAAGCGGUUUCGUAAGGACAGCGCAGAAGGUCGCAAGAAGCAUCAUGCGUUUUUGGUGCAAAAGAUCCAAGAUAGCUUCCCGAUUGACACCGGUCACGGAUCCUACUUGGAGCGAGUCGCUGAACGGCAAGGCCAGACGUUGGUGGAAAUCUUCCAGAGAUUGCAACAGCAUCGCGAUGCUGAAAAAGCCAAAGACGAGGAGCUCAUGCGCGAGUUAUUCGGUCAGAGUGGAUCGGCAUGA